AUGCCGCCAACCCCCCGCUACCGCUCAGGUCUCAACACCGCCUACCACGCCCAAAUCCGACCCCCGAAGAAGACCAAGACCCCACCCUCAAACCCCAUGACAUCCAACUACAAGCCGCCCAAGAUCAAGACCAAGAAGGAGUACACGCACGAAAAGUGCCCAGGCCCCGGUAUCAAACUGAGCACCCUGUUUGGUCUUCGGACCUGGUACAUCCACCAAAAGAUCAGAAAGACUGGAAAAGGAUAUGCCAAGAAGGGAAUGCCGUGUUAUAAGUGCGAACAUUUUCGGCGAGAUAAGGAGGCGAAGAAAAGACAUCCGAGGAAGGAGUGUGAUGGGACUUGUUUAUGGCCGCAUUGUCCGAGGUAUCAUAUUGGGCUUUAUCGGGAGCAGGUUAUAUCGUAG